AUGGGUGCAAGUGUCAGUAACUUAUCAGAUUUGGCCACUAACCCAUAUCUAAUAAAACUGGUUGGCCAAGAGAGUGUUAAUGUCAGUAAUGAAUACUGGAAUAGACUUCUAUCUUUCGACAUCCAAACCCCACUUACCAAUGAAGCCUCGUUCUAUCUCGAAGCCGCGGUUUCGAGCCUUCAGCAGCGCUUCUAUCGAAAUGACUUACGAACACAUAAUCUAGCGACCUUACUUCAACAGUUCAUUGUUAAGGCUACUCUUGUAUUGGGUAACAUUAAAAUGGGCCAAGAAAUAAAUCCUCAGGAUAUUAAAAUGGCGCAGAAUGCUCUACUUAUAUUCCGUAUUUUCACAAAGUACGUAUUGGAAAACAGAUCGAGUCACAGCAUGAACUUGCAUUUUGCAGAUAUCAAUUCCAAAGCAUCUAACUCUGCAUCUCUAGCUGAGUAUACGGUUCAUCUUCUCUUCCUUCUGGUUAUUGAGAUCACUCCAAGUGAGAUGACUUACGGCUUGUUGUAUGAGUGUAUUUCGUCUCUUUUGAUUCUCCUCUCUGCUCAAGUAUCGGGCUAUGGAGGUGAAGGAAUUCCUGCAACUUGCAAGUAUUUCACUUCAAAGAAGUGUCUUGCAGAUGCCCCAGCUUUCAUCCAUCGGCUACUCUUAAAUGUUGCUGAAAAUCUGCCUUGUCCACCGAGUAUGCUCACUGAAAAUCAUGCUCCAGGGCUUUUAUGGAAUGCCGCUUCAUCUAUUGCAAGCGGUCUAAUGACAGUAGUAACCCUGGGUUACUCCCGCCGUUCAGCCAGCUCAAGGGCUGAUUCUACAACCGAUUCAGCUCUUCCAGGCGAAGCGGUCCUCCAUCCACUUGCAAAGCAGAGCUGUCAUCUCCUCCUUGUUCUUACUACCCAAUCAACGGGUUUCACCUCUGCCGUCUCUGCUCCACCUCAACAGACUGACCCGACCAAUAGCGGUGGUAACUCUGAAUCUGUAGCAGCUGCAUCUGUCUCAAGGAGUAUUUUCAGGGAUAUUGGCUCAAAUCCUUACAGAGAAGCUCUCUUCUCUCUUACUCCACUUGAGUAUUCAACCACUGUUUGGGAUAAGUCUGCUAAUCUCAUUAGGAAAAAAGGUGAAGUGGUUACUAAUUGCUAA